AUGCAAGAUAGAUCAAAUAUUAUCGAAAUGAAAUAAAUGCUUAAGUUACUCCAGCAAAUCAACCAACUACAAAUUUAGAAUGAUGAACCAGAAAAACAAAACACUAAAGAUUCAAAUGAUGAUUAAAUAAUAAAUGACAUUGAAAUUAUAUUGAAUCUAGAUGAAGAUUAAGCUGAACAAACAGAAAAGGAUGACAAACUCUCAGAAAAUGAAACCAUUUCCAAUGAACAUUUAAUAUAAACUUCUAAAUAAAACUUGAUAGAAUAGAGGAAGGCUGCUUGCAGAGUUGUAUUCAAUCCCAAAAAUAACUCAUAUGGAUGCUCGAUCUGUUAGACCACCUACAAAGUAUUGAAAAAUCUACUUAACCAUUAAUAAAGAUUUCAUAACAAACCAAAAAAAAGCAAGCAUCGCAACUAAAAACCCAUUUCCUGA